AUGGUUAAAGCUGUCAUUUUUACCGAUUUCGAUGGUACUGUUACUUUAGAAGAUUCUAACGAUUACUUAACUGAUACUUUGGGUUUCGGCAAAGAAAAGAGAUUGAAGGUCUUCGAAGGUGUGUUGGAUGAUACCAAGUCCUUUAGACAAGGUUUCAUGGAAAUGUUGGAAUCGAUCCAUACUCCUUUCCCUGAGUGUAUCAAGAUCUUGGAAAAGAAAAUUCGAUUGGAUCCUGGUUUCAAAGACACUUUUGAAUGGGCUCAAGAAAAUGGCGUUCCUGUCAUCGUUGUUUCCAGUGGUAUGAAGCCAAUUAUCAAGGUUUUGUUGACUAGAUUAGUUGGACAAGAAUCUAUUCAUAAAAUUGACAUUGUUUCUAACGAAGUCGAGAUCGAUGCACAUGAUCAAUGGAAAAUCAUCUAUAAAGAUGAAAGUCCUUUUGGACAUGACAAAUCUAGAAGUAUCGAUGCUUACAAGAAGAAAUUUGAAUCUGCUCUGAAACCAGGUGAAGAAAGACCUGUUUACUUUUAUUGUGGUGACGGUGUUUCCGAUUUAAGUGCUGCAAAGGAAUGUGACUUGCUAUUCGCUAAAAGAGGUAAAGAUUUGGUUACUUAUUGUAAGAAACAAAGCGUUCCAUUCCAUGAAUUCGAUACUUUUCAAGAUAUCUUGGCCAGUAUGAAGCAAGUUCUCGCUGGAGAAAAGACAGUCGCUGAAUUGAUGGAAAAUUAA